AUGCCCGAGUACAACUUGUCCAUCUCACCUGCUGAGGCUGUUCAAGUACUUAAGGGGCUUGGAAGCAUAGUAAAGUGGCCUGAGAAGAUGAGGACACCAGCUGACCAGAGGGACAGAAGCAAGUGGUGUGACUUCCACAACGACCAUGGCCACCGGACUGAAGAGUGCAUUGCCUUAAGAUUAGAAGUAAUCAACUUGCUAAAACGGGGCCACCUAGUUGACCACCUCACCGACAAAGGAAAGAAGACUUACCAGGGUCAGAGGGACACGAUAGACAACCAGAGGGACGUAACACCGCCCUGGCCACCUGUUCAUGAGAGAACGGUCAACGUAAUAACAGGUGGCUCACAAGUAAGUGGAGUCACCCAGUCAGCUGCAAAGAAACAUGCACGUCAGGCUAACUGGACCAAAGGGGAGACCAGCAGAACAUCUUCCUUACCGGAGCAAACCAUCAGCUUCACGACAUCAGAAUCAACUAGGCUUCUUAACCCUCAUCAUGAUGCUCUUGUUAUUUCUCUUUAUAUAGCUAACUGUUUGACUAAACGUAUACUUGUCGAUAAUGGCAAUUCAGCUAACAUCCUUUUUUUGAGUGCUCUCAGGGAAAUGGGAAUUGAGGAAUCCAAAAUUGUGAGGAAGACAACUGUCCUAAUUGGAUUUAGUGGUGAACAGAAAAAUACCUCGGGAGAGAUCGAGCUGCCUGUGUAUGGUAAAGGAGUCAACUUAUGCACCGGGUUCCUGGUGAUUGACUCCCUUUCUGCCUACAACGUCAUCCUCGGCAGGCCAUGGAUCCAUGAGAUGGAAGCUGUACCUUCAACUUACCACCAAGCUUUGAGGUUUCCAACCAAAUGGGGGCCGAAAGAAAUUAGAUGGGAGCAGAAAGAUUCAAGAGAAUGUUACCGAACCACCAUGAAGGCAAAGCCAACACAGCCAUAG